AUGACUUUUAGUGAAUUGUUAGGUGAACAACUUCUUCAACAUAACGAAUCGGGCACUGAAUCAAAUGAAAUAUCAACGACUCAACUUAAUGGCAAAACUGUUGCACUUUAUUUCUCAGCUCAUUGGUGUCCACCAUGUCGAAAUUUUACACCAAAAUUAGCUGAAAUUUUCAAAGAAAUUAAGAAUGAGCUAAAAGAUAAAUUUGAUAUUGUCUUUGUUUCGUGUGACGAAGAUCAGGCUUCUUUUGAUGAAUAUUUCAAAGAGAUGCCGUGGAAAGCUUUACCUUUUUCUGAUCAAGAUCGUUCAAAAACAUUGGGUGAAAAGUUUAAUGUCGAAGGUAUUCCCGCUUUAGUUGUUCUUUCUUCUACAUGUGAAACAAUUACUUCGGAUGGCGUUGAAGAAAUACGUGCUUCAUCCAAGAAAGCUUUAGAACAAUGGUCACAAGGAAAACGUUUAUUUUGGUCACGGGAAGCACGUGAAGGUGAAUUUGCUUGGGAAGGUACUUCCUGUACUCUUUGUUACAUGACUCCUUUGAUUGGUCCACGUCAUGGUUGUACACAUCGAGAAUGUAAUGUUAAUGUAUGUCAAACAUGCCUACCGAAUAAUAAGCAUGAACAUCCUCUUGCUGAAUAUCUCAUACCUAAAAAAACUUAUUCAUUAGAAACACUAUUUAAAUCAGUACCUUAUUUACUUAAUCCUAAUAAUGAAGAAAAACUUGAAACAAAAACAAUGUGGGAAAAUGAUGUAAAAAGUGUUGGAUUUUAUUUCUCUGCUCAUUGGUGUCCACCGUGUCGUGCUUUUACACCAAAAUUGGCAGAACUUUAUAAAGAAGCACAAGCAACUUCUUCUAGUUUUCGUAUAGUUUUUGUUUCAUGUGAUCGAGAUGAAGAGUCAUUCAAUAGCUAUCGUGCAGAAAUGCCUUGGCCUGCUGUUCCAUUAAAUGCAAAGAGCAUUCUCGAGGGAUAUUUUCGAUUUUCAGGUGAGUGUUUCUUUAACUUCCUGAUUUUCACAAUGAUUAUUAUUCUUUUUUACAAAGGUAUUCCAUCAUUAUUCAUUGUUUCAUCUGAUGGAAAAAUUUUAUCACGUCGUGGUCGUGAUAAUAUUUCAAGUAAAGGAAUCGAAGCAUUGAAAACAUGGGCACGAGGAGAAAAAUUACCUCCUCCUUUGCCAGAAGAAUUUGAAUGGUCAUCUGUCUCAUGUGAUGGCUGUAGUAUGGCUCCUCUUAUUGGUCAAAGAUAUCGUUGUUCAACAUGUGGUAAUUAUGAUCUAUGUUCGGCGUGUGAAAAGAAAGGACAUGAACAUCCACUUGAACUUGUACCACAACCAACUGAAGAUGACGAAGAUUGA